AUGGCAAAUGCAGAGGUACUUGAUAUUCUUUCUGAUGCUAUUACACCAAAAAAUCGAGGAUCAGCAAAUAAAGAUGAAAUUAUACGUGAAAAGAAAAAAGGUCCAAAGAAAAAUAUUCGUCGACCGGAAGGUAUGAAACGUGAAGUAUGGAGUUUAAUUGCACAAGAUGAUCGUGAAAGUGUUCCAAUAGUUCCAACUGUUACAAAAUCUGGUGGAAAUUCUUAUGCUAAAUGGAUAAAACAUUCAUCAAUGAAAGUUCGUUCAUGGCAAUGGACACCAUUUACAAAUUCUGCUCGUAGUACAAAUGAUACAUUUAUUCUUUAUCAUUGGCAACAUAAAUUAAAUAUUGAUGAACCAAUAUAA